AUGAAAAAUUACAAUGGUUGGAAAGACCUGCAAACAAAACAGAGCCGCGAAAUACUGAGCGAACUGGUAGAAGCAAGCGAGGAGCUUAAAGCACUGCUGCUGAUUAGUAACACCGGCCUGGGCAAAACAAACACAAUACGGCUGUUUAUGAACAGCAAGCCAAAGUUUACCUAUUGCGUAACUGUUGGCAGCAGCUUUAAGCUGGUGCAUGUGGUAGACGCAAUUUUAGACGAAAUGGGCAUAGAAUACAGCGACUUAAAACAGCACUUUAUAAACAAAAAAAUCAAGUUGAUUUCAAAUUUUAUAAAGAGUCUUCCAGAGGCUGAUAGAAAGCCAAUGAUAAUUAUUGACGAGGCUGAAAACCUUAAGCCAUCUGUAUUGAACAUGAUAAAGGAGCUGUACGAUGCCAUACACCGGCAUGCCAGCAUAGUGCUUAUUGGUACAGAGCAGAUACUUGAUAUGAUUUUGAAUCGCAAGCAAAAGAACCGACAGAGCGUACCGCAGCUAUGGCGCAGGUUUAAGGCAGGUGCCAGGUACAUUACCCCGCUGAAAAAGGAUCGUGAUUUUAAGCCCUUCUUUGAAAUGUACAUACCUGGCAAUACGGCCUUGCAGGGCCUGCUAAUAAAGCUGUGUGAAAACUAUGGCGAAUUACAUGACUACCUGGAGCCGGUGCUUAUAAAGGCCAGCAAGGCCGGUAAGGAGCCUACAGAAGAACUCUUCCGCCUGGUACAUAAAAUAGCCAGCUAA